CUCUCGCUUGUGCGACUCUGAGUUCCCCAGGAAGUCUACGCGGCAGAAGAGACUUGGCAGCGUUACUGGAGGCAACUGACACACACAGUCCACGCAGGAGCAAUCGACGACACAGCAGUCGGACUUUCUGAGAUGAGGCAGAGUCUCCUUGCGUCUGCGUCGCAGAACUCAGGAAGGGUGUGGACAGUCUUAAGCGACAGAGGCGCGAGCGUGAGAAGCGCAGUCAGUUCUUCGGUGUUACUUAGAGCUGCGGGGAUUUUACAAGCACCACGGUUUUAGGAAGGAAACUCGUAGCGCGGCAAGACUGGUGUACAGGCAGCUGCUCAGCGUCCGUCGCUCGAGGAGCCUCAGGGACAGCAGCUUCGAGCUGCGUUCGCUGCUGUUCAGACCCUGCAGAACGGCGACCUGCGGACGGAGAAUUCUUCGCAGAACGGACAAGCAGCUCAAGCGCUCGGAGUGCAGAUGCCUGCGCGACGAGACGGAUGGACAGAGAGGCGACGCGGGAGAGAGUGAGAGGAGAGCAGGAGGAAGACCGAGAGAGACGGAAUACGCAGAGGGAAGGAUGGAAGCGACGAUCUAUGGGAGCGCCGGAGGCAGACAGACGAGAUACGGCAGCAAGUACAAGGGAGAGAGUGGAACGGAGAACAAGAGUGGAAGCAACGGAGAUGAGUUGAGAGAGACUAUGAAAGCGGUUUUAGGUUUUCUUUCUGUGUUCUCUGCAUCAGCGGUGCGGCAGAGACGAGCACGCAGCUCGAGUCGACUUCGUUUUCUUCUCUGGUGUCGGUCGAUUUAAGGCGACCUCCGUUCGGCGUAGGGAGUUGAAAACUGAGAGAAGCAAGGAGACUGCAGCUGUUGCUGUGGAGCGGAACCGGAGAACGGCGUUCACUUUAUCGUUGUUCUCCCGCCACUGACCUCUCUUCUGUCCCCACUGAAAAGAACUGGUCCUGGCCUCGCAGCCGGGCGAGAGCGUCGUUGCGUUCCGUCCUGUUUCUUUUCGUAACGACGCGAGUGUGUGUCAUCUCUCCGGCAGCACCCUCGACGAAAAGGUCGAAUGGCGCUCAGAAGAUUCUCCCUCUCCCGUCCUCCCCAUCCCCCGCGUUGCGUUUUUCCGCGCCGUCCACCCUCUCCCCUCCUCUCCGGUUCACACCCCCCGAUGUCUCGGUAAAGGAUGACCACCCAACAGUCGAGAGAGCGACACAGCGGCUCAAGCGCGAUUUUCUCGCGGGUGCGGAUCGCGCGGGGAGUCUGUUUUCAACGAGUGCAGAGCCGCGUUUCUCUUCGCGUGAUGACAGGGUCGACAGAAAAGUCGGAAAACGCGACAGCUGGAUGCGCGUCUCCGCACAGCUCCUGCACGGGAGGGUGGGAGCCGAAGAACGGUCGCCAGUGUUCCCGCUGUGCCGGGGUGUCUGUAGACUGGAAAAGGCGUUUUCUCGAUUUUUUAUUCGCAGAAAGUCUGCGUUCGCACACCACACACACUCUGCGUCGCGUUCGCAACGCUCGGCUGAGCCUGGAGCGGAGACUUCCUCAUGUUUCUCCACUCCGCGGGGGGUCGGCUGUUUUCGCAGCACACCUCUUCGGAGCCCAGCCGGGUGGGCGAGUGAAACCAAGUCCAAGGCGAGACUUCGCGCAUUUCCUUCUGAACUCUUCGGUGCCUUUUCUCCGCGGAAAUUGCCCCGCAAAAAAAACGAUUGGCGGACUCGCGCUCCCCGCGGAGAGUCGUCUCCCUCUCACGUCGCCAUUCUCCGCAUCUCGAGAGAGAAACUUCGGUGUGUGUUACCGGUGUGACGCCUCUGGGGAACCGGCUGGUGCUUGUCUUCAUCUCGACUUGUGUCUCCCGUCCUUUCUCUCUGCACUUUUCCGUCCUUUCUCUCUGCACUUUUCUCCUGCUGUCUCGUUCUCCGUUUCUUGCCCUUUCUUCGUCGAAGAAACGAGACACCCGACGGCCACUGUGCGUCGCGCCUCGCGUCCAUUCUCUCGUUUUCACCGGCUAGAACGACCGCGACUCCGUUGUCUUUCUGCGGGGGGGACCGUGUCUUCUUCGUGGUUGGAAGAUGCCUUCUCGGCUGGCGCCGUGAGGAAGCGGAUUCCACUCAGGAGGCAGAGCGACAAACCAGAAGAAACGCCGCGUUGCUUCUCCGUCAGUAGUCUCAGCAGAGGCAGGACGCAGUUCCUCUCGCUGUCGGCGACAUAGUUCCAGCCGAAAACGCCAGCAAGGAGAGGAACCAUGUCGGUGAAAGAAGAGAAGAAGGGAGGACCGAGUGAGGAGGAGGUCCUCAAGGAGGAGGAGGAGGACCAAGAGGAAAUCGACAGACAACGAAAUCUCCAAGUUACCGCCGACUACACUCUCAUUUCCAGAGGAUUGGUGAACAUGAACCAUGUCGAGCUGGAGGCCUCGCGCGCCCCAGAGGAACUCCCUGCUCCUGCAGUCGGCGACUGGGUGGAGUCCAAAGCUGCUCACCAAGACGCACAAAUUUUCAGAGCGAAGGUGGUGGAGAGAAGACGGUGCCCGGAGAACAUCUGGGUGUUUCGUCUCCGGUCCCCCGACAUGGCCUCGACAUACAUCGAACCGUUGAAGCAUGUCCGGAAGGACAGCGUCUGGUCGCUCGCGAGAGAGAUGGACCUUGCCGGAGGACGCAAGACAAGACGCUUCUCUCAACAGCCGCGACGGCCGAAGUCGACGCCUUCGGGGAACAGUCGAAGCCAAGUGACAGGUUCUGCUUCUCCACGAUCUUCGUCUGAGGUUUCAAAUCGACAGCGCUCUGAGCAGUCUUCUCUCCCGGCAGAAGAGUCUCCUUCUGACCCCCCCGCCUGUCCUGCCUUCGUCUCUUCUCCUCUUCCGUCUCUUCCUUCUCCUCUUCCGUCUCUUCCUUCUCCUUCCUCUCUUCCUUCCUGUACUUCCGCUGUCUCCCCAGCUCCGUCCUUCGAGACUUCUUCGGAGUCUGGAGCACUCGAGGGCCAGCGGAGGAGAAAGACGACGGGGGACGAAGGCGAGGCGAGGGCGCGUGAGUCUCCAGGCGGCGGCCUGUUCGUUCUGCCUGGGAAGCAGGCUGGAUGCGCGCAUCUCGGCGUUUCUCCUUCGCGCGCGUCCUUUCCUCGCAGGUCACUGCCUGCGUACCACUACCUCGAAAAGAUGUUGAAGCGCACAAAACUCGCGUUGCCGACUCGGCCUUCGGCUGCUCAGUUCUCUCCUCUCUCGGCCUCCCCGGCGGCCGCGGUCUCCUGCUCGCGGCGGAUCGGCAGCGACUCGGAUCGUUCGCGGCGUCCGUCCUUCGGCGAGAACGUCGACAUCAGCAACGCGCAGAACGCAGAACGAGGAGGAAACGCAGCCUUCCUCUCGGAGGCCUCGACGCAAGGCGUCUGCUGGGCUCCCGCCCAGAAGAAAGUUCGUCUCUCUGCCGACGGUCAACCGCAGAGAGCAAAUGCGCAGCUGCUUGCGGAUCUCCUGUCGAGGUCGACCCAGCAGAGAGAAGGGCAGACGCUUUGCGACAGCCAAAUACCUGUGUCGCCGGAGAAGGAGACUUUGAAACGCAUCCCGGAAGCAGCGAGAGAAAUCGAGCGUCCGGCUCCAGGCAAAGAGGAGAACGAGAGGGAGACGCUGGCCAAGCAGGUCGCUGGCGAAGUCGAAGUGAAGACGCGCAAAGAGGUGAAGAACGCAGGACAGAAAUCUUCUCUCUCUCCAGUCUCCUCGCCCAUCACACGAGGCAGAGCGACUCUGCCUGUCAGCACACUGGUCGGAGUCGGGGGGACAGAGGAGUAGAGCAAUCCUUGGACAGGAGAGACGGGGAAGCUGGAAGAGAGCAAAACAAAGAAGAGACGAGUGCGAGCGAGGUUCCAGAGACAGACAGAGAAAAGGAAAAGUUCGAAAAGAGAGAGGGCAAGUCGAGGAAGAAAUGGUCUGGCUCUGAACAUCGCAGAGGAAAAGUGAAGACGGUAGCGAGGCUGUGAGGCUCGCUGUGCGUCGAUGUUGUUUGAAGACAAGGAAGCUUUCGUUUUCGACUUCUGGAAGUGGAAAGGCAAGUCGUUUGUUUCCCCUUUCGCGCGUCCUUGACGUUGUCACUCUUUCGCGACACAGACUCUUGAAAGCCGCGCGCGGCUGUGGCGCGCGUCUCGUCAUGAGGAAACGGCGUUGUCGCAGAGACACCGCAUGCAUGCACAGAUCUGUAAAGACACAGCAUAUACCUGGUCCGCGCAGAAGCGCGCGUCUUCGUCCAUCGGCCUCCACUGUGAAGCCGAAGGAGCUUUGUCUCGCCUUCGCACUUGGAGAGGCAGCAUCUGCUCGCGAAAAGUCCUCAAAUCGAUUCGCCUGCGUCGGCGCGAAGCCAGGUCACAUCCGAGACCUCUGAGGUUCUCGAGUCUCCGAAUUUGACUGAGCGGCUUUCUCUCAGAAGCCAUUCUGUUUCAGCAGCAAAAAGUAGCACUACGAAAUAGGCUUGAAACUCGCUUCUAGUUCACAGGCGUAUCCUCCUCUCACAGUCAGACUCGCAUGCAGAGAAGGCGAUCGGUUUACUGCUCACCUGUCUCGCCGGCAGCACACGGCAGUCCAUUCAUCUAGCUUUACGCAAGGGUGAAGUACGUAUUUUGUUUCGUUGUCGUGACUCCGUUCGGAUCUUACCUCUGCAGAUUCCCCUGAUGUUCUGUGCUCGAUCCAUGUAAGGUGUGAGACGAGGAGGAGAGAUGGCGAGACAAAAGUGACAGCGCGCGCUUUUCGCGGUUUCUGUGAAAUCGGCUGCCUCCUCAUCUAUCAGGCUGUCUCAGCGGAGGCAAUUUUCCGCCUAGAGAAAACUGUGAAAGGGUGGGCGACGAGAGGGAAGAGAGAAGACGCAGGUGGAGUCUGGAGAAGAGUGAUCGCGUCUGUGUGUACGCGAGACAGAAGAUACGCAGAACGUUACUGGUUGGCUCCCCAUCCUCAACACUGGAAACGCGCGUUUUUGUCUCUGAAAAAUCAUUGGAAAAAAG